UAACAUCUUAGUUUUUUACCGAAACUUGAAGUUAAUAAUAGGCUUUCGAGUUGAUACUUGAAGUCAAUAGGCUUUCAAGUUGAUAACAAUAGGCUGCUCCUAAAUGUUGGAGCUUAACUUUUUCCUCCGUUUGGAUUAUCCCAGUAUCAGCUGUUUCCGCAUUCCCUGUGUUCACACAACUGGUUUCACCUGAUCGGCGACACACACACAACCUGAAAGGAUUGAAUCCUAAACUUAGAAAGGGUUGGUUGAUUCAAAGUGAUUCGUUUUGUGUUUGUAAUCUCCUUAACUCGUUUCCUCCCAUGUGGUGCAGCAUGCAUUAGGAUGGAAGCGUUCUUUCGAAGGUACCUGCCUUGCCUAGUCAAACUGUGGGACUGGCUCUGGCCCGGCGGCCAAGAGGAUCCCGUCAGCCGUCCCGCUGAGAUCCGCACUGUAGCAGGUGACAUUAAGAUCCCAGCACCUGCAAGAAAGACGUCAGCGCCGCUCUACGCGGCACUGUAUGAUUUCACAGCCAGGAGCGAAGAGGAAUUGACUAUUAAAGAAGGUGAUAAACUCUCGGUGAUAGAAAAACAAGGGGACUUCGUGUUAGCCCAAAAACUUUCAGGCUCUUUGGAGUCGGGAUUAGUGCCUGCCACCUACGUGACGCUCAUUCGGGACGAAUUUGCUAAUAACCCUUGGUAUUUUGGAAAUGUGAGCAGAAAAGAUGCAGAAAAACUGCUAAUGUCCCCUCUGAAUAAACCAGGCUCAUACCUGGUGCGCAUUAGUGAAAGUAACAGUGAUGAAUAUUCUCUAUCAGUUCGGAAUGAGACCCAACCCAAUCAUUUUCGAAUCUACAGAACGCACGCAGGCGAUUACUAUAUUACAGAGAACAAACAUUUCCCCUCCCUUGAUGAGCUGAUAGAUUACUACCAGAGCCACUGGAAGAGUCUAGGGGUGCUAUUAGCUCAGCCUUGUACACAACAGAAGGAGCAGUUUGAUGGAGAUUCCUGGGAGAGGCCCCGGGAAGAGUUUGUUCUCCAGGAGAAACUCGGGGAGGGCCACUAUGGAGAAGUCUGGUCGGGAGUUUGGAAAAUGACAAAGAAGAUGGUGGCCAUUAAAAUGCUGAAACAAGAGGACAUGAAGCAGGAUGAGUUUGUCAAAGAGGUCCAAGCCCUGAAGAGCCUCCAUCACCCCAAACUGAUUGAGCUCUAUGCCAUCUGUACCCGCGGAGAACCCGUCUACAUCGUCACUGAGCUCAUGUCAAAGGGCAACCUUCAGGUCUACCUCAAUUCUGCUGAGGGCAGGCAGUUAAUCCUGGCCCACCUGGUUUACAUGGCCAGUCAGGUGGCUGAGGGGAUGGCCUAUCUGGAGGAUCGGAAAAUCGUUCACAGAGACCUGGCUGCUCGCAACAUUCUUGUAGGGGACAAUCUUGUCUGCAAAGUUGCCGAUUUUGGACUUGCACGCAUCAUUAAGGACGAUGUGUACUCAGUCAGUGCAGCAACUAAAAUCCCUGUGAAGUGGACAGCUCCGGAGGCUACCUCUUUUCACAAGUUUUCUGUGAAAUCAGACGUCUGGUCCUUCGGAAUCCUCCUGUACGAGAUUGUAACCUACGGCAAGAUGCCCUAUGAAGGUAUGACCAACAAGGAGGUUGUAAAUAUGCUGAACAAAGGCUACAGGCUCCCCUGUCCUGAGAACUGCUCCAACACCAUUUAUAAAAUCAUGCUGGACUGUUGGAAGGACACUGGUACAGAAAGGCCAUCUUUCCACGCCCUCCGUAGCCAGCUUGAGGUCAUCUACUCAAAAUUGUACCACAACCAAUCAGAGUCAUAGCAUGCACAAAAGACCUUGAGAUAGAUAUAACUGAAGGGACCAUGCAUCUAGAAAUGCAGGCAUGUGGGAUCAUUCUGUCUUGUCACUGCAAUAUAAAACCAGUUUGUUUCCAUAUGGCCAACCAGCCACUGGAACCUGCACCUUAUACAUCGGUCUCUGCGUGACACUAAAGUGGACUAAACAUAUUCAUUGGAGGAUUUUCUCUGGAGGCUGAAGAAGGUGUCUUUUGAAAAUGUGCAAAAUUUGUUAUUGUGUAAUUUCUGUGCCAUUCGCAGAGUAGCUAAUGCAGUUAGUUGUACAAACAAUGUAUGUGGCCUAUUUUUUUACCCAUUUUGUAAGGAUUGUGUUAAUGAAAUCUGAUCAACAUAAUGCCACAGGUUCAUAUAUAAAAGAAACAAAAAAGUCUUCAAAUAUGUAUGCUGAACUAAAGAUAGCAAUACAUUGCUCUCUUAGCAUAUGCAUAUUAUUGUGAUGUAUUGGUACUACAGUAUAUACAACACUGUUGUUGCUUUUGCUGAUUCCUGUCCCUAUUAUGAAUAAAUCUCAAGGCACAUUUUGAACAUUUAAAGAAUAUAUUUAGAUUUUGUUUUCUUGUCUACCUCUGCUGCACAAUAUUUCUUUUUAGACUCAAGCUUUUGUAAGUUUUUGGUUUUUUUUAUAUAAUACAGUAUGUGAAAAUUAAAGUAAUUGUCACAAUGUUUUAUUGAAACAGAUGUGAAAAAUCUUUGUUGUAUAUACACCAUGUCAAGUUUCUUGCCACGAAAUAUUGAUAAAAUAAUGCACUAUAGUACAAA